GAGUCGAAAUAGCAGCAAUAAAGUGGCGGUUGAGAAUUCAAUAAACACUAAACAUUGUGUCAAUUGUUUUUUCGAAAUUUUGUUUUAUCAUCAAAAUGUCCACCGAAACUGAAAUCGAUAAACUCACACAGGAGAUUGAAAACAAAUUGAAAUUCUAUGGUCGAUUUUUUACAGAAGUUAAAAAUGAUUCGGAAAUAUUUCUGAAUUAUCCACGUCAUAUCGAAGAAUAUCGUCAAAGUCUCAAAAAAGAAUAUGAAUACACUAAAAGAAUGGAAAAAUUGAAACAAAAAAUUGAUUUAUUAAAAUCAAAAAAUGAAACUAUAUUACAAAAUAUUGAAAAAUCAAUGAAUAAGAUUUCAAAUCUCAAAAAACAUAUUUCCACAUUAGAAUCUGAAAUGGAAAAUAAAAAGAAAAAAUUGGAAAAUAUUGAUGAUACAUCUGAUUUUAUUGGCUUAAAUAUUUACAACAAAAGUGAUACACUUUGGAAUGUUCAAUUAUACAAAUUGCCUAUUAAAAAUGAAAAUGAUGAUGAUGAUCGUACAUUUUCAUUUGAUAUUGCACAUGUUGGCAACAAUAUUGAAUUGAAAAAUAUCUAUCCUGAAAAUUGUAUCGACACUGAUCAAAUCAUGUCCGAAAUCAAUGCAACAGCUGAUGAUAAAAAAAUUCUUAAAUUAAUCGUUUUGAUACGUUCUGAAUUGAUUCGAAAAUAUUCAUAAUUCAUGGAAAAUUUAAAUUUUUUUUUUAAUUUUGGCUAUAUAAAUGACACAUCAUAUCGAAAAAAAAAUUACAUUUCAAACAAUCAAUACAACUAAUACGACUAAAUUGUUUUUGGACAGCAAUUCAUUCUUUUGUACAAAAUUAAACUAAUUGAUAUUUAUUAUGAAAUGAUUUUGGACAGAAAAAAAUAUGUAGCUGAAAAUGUGAAAUGAUCCCAAUCAUCAUUAUUUAUAUUAGUCUUGCCAUUUUCCAAGAAUUUCCGAAUCACGGAA